AUUUGUGGGAUUGGUGGUUGCUGUAGUUUUCGUACGUGGUUGUUUUACUGAGGUACGUGGGUGAAUUACUGACGGCAGCUAAUUUCUGAAACGUCUAGAAUUUUUUUGUGGUUUCUAUCGUUUUGGUGCUGCUGCUUGUGGUGUUAUGUCAGACUCUGGUCAUAGUCAGCCUGGAAUGUAUGGUCCUGGUCGGCGAAGGAGGCGGCGUAGGGAGAGGGAGCCUGGGUUGCCCGCAGGGCCCUUGGGUGUAUCUGGAAUCGGCAGGGAGAGAGAAUAUUCGUCCAGGGAUCGGAGGGACGGUAGUGAGGAGACAGGUGGACCAGUCAUGCAGAAAACUCCAAUCAUUCUUGCUAAACCUCCUGCAGAACGGCCCAAGCCAUCUGCUGCUGCUGCUGCUGCUGCGUCAUCUUCUACUGCCCCUGCAACAAUGGAAAAAACAAUUGUUCUCAUGAAACCCCGAGAAGAAAGCAAACCAUCGGCGCCAUCAGAUGGUGGAGCAGCAAUCCCAGCUACUGCUACUAGAGAGAAGGAGGGUCAGCGUCCAACACAGCCUGUCUAUCAGAUACAGAAUCGAGGCAUGGGUUCCACUGCACCUAGUGGCAAUUUAGACCCCGUAGUUGGCCAAGCAAAGCUUCUUCCUCCAGAGAAGAUGAAGCAUGCCAUCAAACUAGUGGAUGAUCAGAUGAACUGGUGCGACAAUGCCAUGGAGUAUCUGUUGGAUCAGACAGAUGUCCUGGUGGUUGGAGUGAUUGGGCUACAAGGAACUGGAAAAUCUAUGAUCAUGUCCUUACUUUCUGCCAACAUGCCUGAAGAUGAUCAGAGGUCCUAUGUUUUCAGAACACAGAGUCAAGAAAUCAGAGAGAGGGCAGGAAACCAAACCAGUGGAAUUGACUUCUUUAUUACCCAGGAGAGAAUAAUUUUCCUUGAUACACAGCCUAUUCUCAGUCCAUCUGUAUUGGAUCAUUUGAUAAACAAUGAUAGAAAACUACCUCCUGAGUACAGCCUCCCACACACCUAUGUCGAAAUGCAGUCUUUACAGGUUGCCGCUUUCCUUUUUACAGUGUGUCAUGUCGUAAUUGUGGCUCAGGACUGGUUUACUGAUCUCAAUCUUUACAGAUUCCUGCAAACUGCAGAAAUGUUGAAACCUUCUACACCUUCUCCAAGCCAUGAGCAUAGUGGUUCCUCGGGGUCUGAUGAGGGAACAGAAUACUACCCACAUGUUGUCUUUCUGCAGAACAAAGCAAAACGAGAGGACUUUUGCCCUAGGAACCUCAAGCAAAUGCACGUAGUUAUUGAUAAGUUAAUGAUGCAUUCACGACUUAAGUACAAAGGCAUACUUUCCAUGCUGGAUUGUAAAGUUUUCCCAGGCUUGUCUAGUGAUUACUUGGAUUCAGAAGUCAACUUGUUUUUGCUUCCUGUGAUGGAAAGUGAUGGAGAAGAGAAUAUAUUGAGAGCAGGUGCAGGUGGUACUCCAGUAUUCUCUUUACUUCCUGGUUACAAAGGUCACCCCUCUUUCCAGUCUUUGGUCAGCAAGAUGAGGAGUCAGGUCAUGUCUAUGCCUCGACCUCAGCUCUCCCACACCAUCCUUACAGAGAAGAACUGGUUUCACUAUGCUGCUCGAAUUUGGGAUGGAGUAAAAAAGUCGUCAGCCUUAUCAGAGUACAGCCGCUUACUGGCGUAAUGGACACAUCUAGCAGUUUGUUGCAAAAGCAUAACCGCUGAUAUAGGAAGUCUUGCUGUCAACGAGAGAGCUAUCCUCGUAUCCUGAAGGAUAGUUCAGGUGGUUGGAACGUCAUUCAAGUUGUUACAUUGGCAGUAUGCCAAAGGUUGCUUGGAAGAAGGCUUACUGACCCUUUGGGUGGGACCUUGUGAGAUGAGCACAUGCCCCCAUUCCAGAGAAUGGUUAUGUGUGCUUAGGAAUGGGACCAUACUGGGGUUGGAAAACAAUGUCACUGACGAGGUGUAAGAGUAAGUGUGCAGACUGCUUAUAGUUAAUAAAUUCAGUCUGUAGACUUGAGUUGACCAUUGUCAUGCUGGUCUCUUGUCUGUUCCUGUGAAGUCUAAGUAGCAGUGGCAGAUGCCACAACAACAUGAGAGUUGCUGGUCCUGGGUUUCAUGCCAUAGUCUCCAUCCUGCUUUGUGCAGGCCAGGCUGCAGGUUCCCUUUCCUGCCUGCUUUAAUAUGUUCACUAUAAUAUGUGGCUGGUUGUUAGCUAAUGUGAAACAUUUUUUUUUCUUGACUGAGUGAUCUAAAUUGUAACGGAAAAACUCUGUCAUUGUUUUUAUGACCCAUUAAUCCUAAGGACUUGUUUAAUAUAAUUUGUAUUUAUUAUGGAAAUAAGUUGUGCUGAUUUCUCGUGCGUAUAUUUAUUUAAAUGUAAAUUGAAUACCAGCCUAUCAGGAUAAUUCACAGUUGUAAAAAACUUUGAGAUAAGUAGUCCCACCUGUAUUGGACCACAAGUGUUUGUUUUACAACACAGUAAUUUAAAAUGUAUAUGUAUGAAAACAUGCAGGACCAAGAAAGAUUAAAGAAUAAACUCAAACUCUUGAAUUUGUA